UUUAACUUAGAAUGGUUUCACAGAAACAAACAUAAAGAGUGCAUAACAAAAUUUUGCAGUUCCCUUAUUAAUUCAUGCAUGAAAAAUGGAUUGUCUUCGGGAAUUAUGUGUUCUAUUGGAAUUAUCAUUACAUUUGACCAGAAAAAAGAAUUUAUUGCCAAAGUAUUUGCGUUAAAUAAAAUAGAACAGAAUCUAGUUCUAAAUGCAACACUUAAUAAAAAAAUAAAAGAAAAGUUUUAUAGUACAGUUUAUUUUUUAAGUCUUUCAGUAAUUAGUGCUUGUGUAGUUCUAUUUAUCGACACCGAGACGAAAUUCUAUCCCAUAAAAGUUUUGAAACGAUAUACUCGUUUAUAUUUGGGAAAUGAUACGGUAAUAUAUUCCUAUAAUAUAAUUUUAUUUUGUUAUACACUUAUUGGAAUCAUGGAUAUGCAAAUGUUUGUCGCAAGUGAAGUUUACAUGUUAAUACAAAUUAACAAAUUCGAGCACACUUGCAAUAAAAUUCGGUCAUAUGCUAAAGACGACGAUAUUAUUUUAUCACAUGAACAUCAGGUUUUAACUUGGCAAACCCUGAAAGAUCUGGCUAUACAACAUGCAUUUAUGAAGAGAAAAUGUACUCAAAUGCAAGAUAUAAUAAAUCAGUCAGUUCUGCCAUAUGCUGUAACUGGUACCUUAAUUGGUAUAUCUAUAAUGACUACUUUCAUAUUCAGCUAUAACAAUUUUUCGUUUAUCCAAAAAGUACUACUAGCUGCAAUGUAUAUUCAUUACAUGUUCUUCUACUUAUAUGGCGGACAAUGUUUUGAAAAUGAAGGAGAAAAAUUAUUCGAAUUCACUUACAACUUACCAUGGACAACCUGGGACAUAAAAAACAUUCGUGUAUUAUUAAUUAUUAUGCCGAAUACAAUGGCGCAACUAAGAUAUUAUUUCACAAGAGAGACACCAGUUAAUUAUAUACUUUUGUUCAAGAUUUUAAAAAUCGUAUAUUCAACAUUACUUUUUGUACGAAAGUACAUGUAAUUCUAUUAUGUAACUGGAAAUGUUUUAUAAAUCACCAAUGACUGACAUCAAUAUUUCUCAAGAUGCACUUUAAAUAUAUAUAACUAGCAGAAAGAAAAAUAUAAAAAAUAUUAGA